AUGUCAAGUAAAGAGACGGCUCUCGUGAAGCUGGCUGAAAGGAGGCAGGAAUUUGGAGAAUCACUGGAAGAAUUUUCCAAUGAUUUGAAAAAUCUGGUGGAACGAGCUUAUCCAGAUGCGUCCUUUGAAUUGAAUAUUUCAGCACUCAAAUUAGAUGAUGAUCAAAAGAAAAAUUUGAAAACCGAGAUUGAAAAAAUGGCCAAAAAAUUCAGAGAGGAAAUCUGCCUGGAAAGAUUUAAAUACGGACUGUUGCCGGAAAUUAGGGAGAAAAUCAUCUUUAUGAAGGUACCCUCGUCGUUGGCAGAAGCUGUGUCGCAAGCGAGAAGAGUGGAAGAGUUGAAUGCAACAAUUAAAGCGGAUACUUGGAAAAGAAUGGAGGAAAUAGAGGUCAAUGCGGCGCUAGCGGAAGUUAAUGAAGUAGGUGAGAUAAGUGCAGAUCCGGAUAAUGACUGGGGCGGGGAAAUGACUGACCCGAAUUUUGGCCUAUAUUAUAAGAAUGAAGAUGAAUAUUAUAAUGACCAUGCCCAAUAUUAUGACCAUGAACAAAAUUAUGACGGCGAGGAGUGCCAUUGGUUGCCAAAUGAAAAUAAUGAGUAUUGGGGAGAGGAAGAGUAUCAAGAUCAAUUUGGCAAUGAUUGUUGUUUCGAUGAUCAAGGUGAUCAAUACUGGCCCACAGAUCAAACGAGAUUUGAUGACUAUUGA